AGGAGGCGUCCCAAGUCCUGGCAUUUUGAUUAUUUUCCUUCCUGACCUCUCUUCAUCACCAGCAACAUGGAAGCCCUCGAUCACCAACACUGUCCAAAAUCGCCUCAAUCUCCCUCCUCUCCAACAUCUACCGUCUCUACCGGCACUUGUUGCAAAUGCGGCGGCCCCACGACCUUCCCGCCGCCGCCGCCGUCGUGGUCUGAAAGUUCCCCACCUCCCACCUAUCGACCCAUCAGAGCCCCUGCUAUUCCUCCCGAUACUAACACACAACGUGCCAUCAUUCUGGCUCCAGUCCCACAAGCCCAGAAAGUCCCUGUCGUUUCCCCUCCCUAUUCUUUUCAAAACCCAUCCAAGAAAAUUCAAUCCCUGCAUGAUAUUCGCCGCUUCCAGGACUCCGAUUCCGGCAAGAAUUUCCUUGGCUUCGUCGUUGCUCUCUCCGAAUCUAUUCGCGGCCACAAAAUAUCGGACCCCUGCCAUCAAUCUGACACCGUCAAUUGCAUCGUCGGAAUUCUUGAUUCCCUGAUUCAAUGGGUCGAAGAAAUCCCUCCUGUCCAGCAAGCCGCCCGUUAUGGUAACAUCGCGUACAGAACUUGGCACAGUCGAUUGGAGAGCAACUGUGACUCCUUGAUGCUUCGCUUUCUUCCGGAGCAACUUCAUUCGGCAGCUAUCGAGAUCGGUCCUUAUUUCAACGAUAGUUUUGGUAAUUCUAGCCGAAUCGAUUACGGCACUGGUCACGAAACAAAUUUUGCGGCCUGGCUGUAUUGCCUUGCGAGGUUGGGGCUAAUCAAAGAGGACGAUUACCAUGCUGUGGUUGCUAGGGUUUUCGUGGGGUAUCUGGAAUUGAUGAGGAAAUUGCAAUUGAUUUAUAAUUUGGAACCUGCUGGAUCCCAUGGAGUUUGGGGUCUUGAUGAUUACCAUUUUCUGCCUUUCAUAUUCGGGUCGUCCCAGUUGAUCGACCAUAAGUAUAUGAAGCCGAAGUCGAUUCAUAACCAAGAUAUAUUGGAUAAUUUUUCGAAUGAGUAUCUCUACCUUGCCUGCAUUGCUUUCAUAAAGAAGGUGAAGAAGGGUUUAUUUGCGGAGCACUCUCCAAUGUUAGACGAUAUCAGUGGGGUGCCUAAUUGGAACAAAGUAAAUAGUGGGUUAUUGAAGAUGUACAAGGUAGAAGUGUUGGAAAAGGUUCCUAUAAUGCAGCAUUUUCUUUUCGGCUGGCUUAUUAAGUGGGAGUAGUUCAUGGAUGCACUUAACUGGGUUGUUUCUGUUGGAUCGAGGUGAAAGUCAGGUUGCGUGGUGAAAUUCAGGUUUAAUGAAUUUAUGAAUUAGGAAAUUAGAAGGGGUCAUAUUCGUAGAAGGCUGCUUUCGUGAAUCCUCUUUUGCACCUUUUUUUUUUUUUUUGUGAUUCCCUAGAUGCUCUAUACCCCGUAACCAGAGUGCCAGUUUAGUGUUUACUGGCAACCAGCUAUUCUAGAUAUAACUUGUACUGGUGGGAGUGAAUAAUAAUUGGAUGGAGUUUGUUUAUUUUGAUGCAUGAGAGAUGAUUGUUUGAGGCUUAGUAAUGCUUCACGUCGAUGGAUACUUACACUCUGACGACAGAUUAUUUAGCCAACUACCACGCUGUUUAUCUUGCAAUGGAGCUUAGACCUCUUUCUCAAACUUUGGAAUGAACAACUGAGGAUUAAUAAUGUACUUUAUUGUUAUUACGUAUCAAUUCAGAAUGUUGUAAUAACAAAUAUCAAAUUUAUCGCAAUGCAUGAAAUAUGAUAUUUGUCUACAGAAAUUUUA